CAACACCGUCUUGCCCCUUUCUUCUACGCUUACCAAGAGAAAUGGCGUUUCCAGGGAACCCAGGACUGCCGCCCGGCAUGGAUCCGAACGCGGGCAUGUCGGAGCAGGAGAGGCAGAUGGUGAAAUAUAUGCAGAUGGGCAUGGAGUCGUGUCUAGGGAAGACGGUGAUGGCGGGCGUCAUGGGGGGUGGGCUUGGUGCUAUGUUUGGGCUGUUUAUGGCGUCGAUGCGCUACGACACGCCCAUGUCGCAACCUCUCCCCGUCAACGCCGUUCCCCCCAGCACCGCAACGACCAACAUCCCUCCCACCUCGACGCCCUCCUCCACCUCAACAGCCACCGCAACAGCAGCAAAACCCACCACCUCCACCCUCCCCCCAACCGCAAAACCAACAACCACAUCCCUCCCCCACCCUCAUCCCACCGCCACCACCUCCAUCCCCAUCACCGACCUCCCUCUCCGCCAACAACUCAAGCACGGCCUGCGCGACAUGUACCGCUCCUCGCUGUCCAGCGGGCGCAACUUCGCCGUCGUGGGCUCCGUCUUCAGCGGCACCGAGUGCGCCAUCGAGGGCCUGCGGGCCAAGAACGACAUCUGGAACGGCGUCGCGGGAGGUUGUAUCACGGGCGGGAUCCUGGCAAGGAAGGCCGGGCCGCAGGCCGUGGCGGUCGGGUGUGCGGGGUUUGCGGCGUUUAGUGCGGCUAUUGAUGCUUAUAUGAGAAUGCCCGAGGACGAGCGCAGUAGGCCGAUUGCCUAGAAACACGAACAAGAACACCUCAGUCACUCGAACCCGAUCACCGGUACCUUUCCGUUCCUGCAGAAGAUGCGGCUUCGUAAUGGACGCCGGAGUCUCCGCAAGGCCGUCUCACCUCAUUAGGGGCGCUGCUAUCCCUCCGGGCACGGAGACGUGAUACCGGCAUUUGCUUCCUCUGCGACUUGUAAGAUUAUCAUUGUACUACUGUAUCAUUAUCCCUCCCACCCUGGGCGACGAGCGAGCGUUGUAGCAAGCGAGCUUUCCAUGCAGCAACCAGCAUGCGCUUUCUUGUUGGCGAAAGCGGAACAUGGGGUUGAUAGUGUACCCUUACCUAGAUGAAGAUUUGCAUUGGGCGGCGUUAUCUUAUCCAUUCAUCAUAUAUACUCAUCAUCUCGUUAUUAUUUCUCACUCAUGAAUCAUCGCCUCACUCAUGUGUAACUCACCACGCUAAAUUCCUUAUUGAGAGUGGACCAUGUACCAUGCCGG